UAAAAUACAGAAAGUGCCUCUCUCUAUCUUCUCUGGCUUUUUGGUUGCACGCUGCACAUAUUCCUCCAAUAUUUUAAGAAUUCCCAUACAAAUAUAAACACUGUCUCCGCUAUUUCUUCAACAUUUGUUCUCUCCGCGUUCGAUGCUAUCUAAUGGCUUCUUCUUCACUCUUGGUGUCACUGCAAGUAGCGCUUGUGGUUUUCACUUGCAUAUUCCAUGCAGCAACAGUGACAUGUGACCGUAGCUUCAAAAUAUUCUCUUCUAUGAACAACUCCUCCAAGAGUAGCCACCAUUGGAUUGGACCCAUCGGCCACCGCAAAAUCACCGUUGAUGUUAACGGUGGCGGGCACUACCGGUCCGUCCAAGACGCCGUCAAUGCCGUCCCCGACAACAACAGAAAGAAUGUCCUUGUUCAAAUCAACGCCGGGUGCUACAAAGAAAAGGUAGUGGUGCCCGUGACGAAGCCGUACAUAACAUUUCAGGGCGCGGGUAAGGAAGUGACGGUGAUAGAAUGGCAUGAUCGAGCCAGUGACCCCGGUCCCAGCGGACAGCAAUUGCGUACUUACAGAACCGCUUCUGUUACAGUUUUUGCCACCUAUUUUUCUGCCAGAAACAUCAGCUUCAAGAACACAGCACCUGCACCAAUGCCGGGGAUGCAGGGAAGGCAAGCGGUGGCGUUUCGAAUAUCCGGCGACAAAGCAUACUUCUCCGGCUGCGGUUUCUACGGUGCACAAGACACCCUGUGCGACGAUGCAGGCAGACAUUACUUCAAGGAAUGCUACAUUGAGGGAUCAAUCGACUUUAUUUUUGGGAAUGGCAGGUCAAUGUACAAGGAUUGCGAGCUGCACUCAAUAGCGACGAGGUUUGGUUCCAUAGCGGCCCACGAUAGGAAGGAGGCAGAGGAGAAGACAGGGUUCGCAUUCGUAGGAUGCAAGGUGACAGGAACGGGUCCGUUAUAUGUGGGGCGAGCAAUGGGACAGUAUUCCAGAAUUGUUUACUCUUACACAUAUUUCGAUGAUAUCGUUGCACAUGGCGGUUGGGAUGAUUGGGACCAUGCAGACAAUAAGAACAAGACUGUGUUCUUCGGAGUGUACAAGUGCUGGGGACCAGGAGCAGAGGCUGUACGUGGAGUCUCAUGGGCCCGAGACUUAAAUUUCGAAUCUGCUCAUCCAUUUAUCAGGAAGAGUUUCGUCAAUGGGAGACACUGGAUCGCGCCAUCUGAUGCUUAAUUAGUCAUAACGUUUUUGUUAACUCACUCACCCUUUAUACAAGUGGACAAAACAAUUUACAUUCAAAUUCCAUAACCAUUGUUGCAUCCUUCAUUCAUUUGAUUUUGUCAAUAUAGGAAUUCAUUUUUCCCUCUUUGUAAAAUGGCCGAAACACCUUCUUUCCAUGAUUUUUUUGUUGAAUAUUCAUUUAUCACCUCCAAAUGUAGGGAAUAAAUCCACUAUUAUAAUGACUCAA